AUGUUGGAGCACGUGGUGGAGCCCCCACCCAACAAGUCCUGGGUACUGAGGGAGGCUGAGGGAGACCCGGAGGAUGUGGAGGAGCUGGCCAAGAGGAGGGUGGUGGUGAUGGGGCAUGGGGGACAACUGAAGAAGGAGAUCAUCCAGCGCGUGAACAUGGUGGCCACUGAGUUCCGCAAGGUGGCCACGAGCCAGAUGUGGGACACGACCAAGCGGGCCAUCACGGAGAACACCACCGUGACCCUGCAGCUGGCCAAGAUAUCCCGGCAAGGCAUGCAGCUGCUGCGGGAGAACGAGCGGCUCAGGGGCAACCAGGACAACCUGUGCAAACAGCUGGAGCUGCUGGAGAACUCCCAGAAGGUCAUGGCCAGGCAUAGCAGAGGCCACCAGAAGGUCAUCCUCAUGCUGACGGAGAAGCGCCGCGAGCAGCAGCAGGGCAAGGCGGAGGCCAAGCAGCUGCACCUCCUGCUGAGCCAGCUGGAGCAGAGCCUCAUGCAGCUGCAGAAGGACAACCAAGCACUGAGGAGCCAGAGAGAACAGCUGAACCUGCAGCUGGAGCAUCAGCAGGCCGAGGGGCAGCGGCUACAGCAGGAGCUGGCCGAAGAGCAGAAGGUUCGGGCGAGCCUGGAGGCAGCCCUGGCCCAGGCCGCCUCCUUCCUACAGGACACUGUGCAGAUGCAGCCCGACGAGGAGGAUGGUGACUUCGAUGUAGUGUUCCAGCUGCAGCGCAAGGAGAUGCUGAAGCACCUGCUGGUCAUGCUCAGCUCGGCCAUGGUCCUGAGCCCCCAGAUGCCUGUGUCCCCCCGCCGGAAGAGCCAGUCCUGGGGCCCACCAAAGGAGCGGCGGUGCAGCACCCAGCCACUCAGGACAGGGCCUCUGCUGCAGCGGCUGUCCAGUGUCACACCCUACCAGCUAGGGGACCUGGGCCGGGCGCCUCGACGGAUCCACAUCCCACCCAACCCUGAGGACCUCAGGCUGCUCUCACGUACCACCCGUGUGGGAAACUUAUGGGCUCACAGCGGCCCUGAGGUGAGGGUGCCAGGGGCCCUGGGGACAGCAGGAUGGCAGCCAGCCCUGGGUGCAGAUCAUGGCUCUGCCACGCUGCAGCUGUGUGGCCCUGGGGAGGUGGCUGGACCUCUCUAA